AUGGCGACGGCAGGGGGCAGCGGGGCUCCGGCGGGGCAGCUGCAGAAGCGAUUCCUAAACCGGCGCACAGCCUCGGGAGGCGACAGAGGCACGGCGCAGGCGGCGGCCCGUGAACCGCCAAACCAAGGGCAGUUGUAUGACCGCCAGAUGUUCUCCUGGGCUGGUGGUCUGGGCUGUGGCCUAGGCCAUACCCUAGGGGCCGUGGACAGCAGCCACACCUCUCUGACCAGGGACAUCUCUGAUAUUCACAGACAUGUGCUGGGGAAAGGGACCUUCCCUGGGGACGCCAUGGAUGUGGCUGAUGUCAUCUCAUCCCAGACACAGAUCAAUAGACGCCUCCCUGAGACAGAAACGCUGGAGGCUGAAGUGACUCACUGGAAGAUGUUGUGCCCGUGUUCCACCCAGGGACCAAAUACCAUCGACCCAGAAACAGUGUGGAAACUGAAGAGCCACAUCAGGGACCUACAGCAGAAGCAGAUGCGGGAAAUGGACAAACAUCAGCUGGAAGUGGCCGUGCUGCAAAACACCCACCGGCAGAAGCUAGCCGACCUCACUGACCGGCACCGCAAACAACUGACGGACUACCAGCGACAGGUGGAAGACCUGCAAAACCAAGAUGCUGCCGGGAACGGGGACCGUGACCUUCUGGAGGAGAGGGAAAUGGAUCUCAGAAGGCUGAAGCAGCAACUUACACAAAUGCAGCGGCUCAACGACAGUCUGAACAACCUUGCUUCCGACCUCCGAGCAGAAAAGGAGAAGUUGGUUCGUCAGCUCCAAGACGCAACCCAUCAGCUGGAGGAAUCCGUCCUGCGCAACAACGAGGAUUCCCUAAAGAACAACAUCGCCGUGAGGGCUUUAAAGAUAGAGAAAGGACGGUUAGUGGCCAAACUGUGUCGGGCCGAAAAGAAGCUUUUCGAACACAAGACUGAACAAAGCCUCAGAGAAUGGUCACCCGCAGACAAUGGCCGUUCCAUUAAACUCGGUCAGGAGAAAGACCUGGAGAUACUACACCUCCAAGAGAGGAUCGAGCAGAUGGACGCCGAGCACCAGGAAACGAAGGAACUGCUGUCCUUUGCUUUGGAGGAGCAGAACCAAUUGACAGAAUGCCUUAGGGAGCAAGAGGAGUACAUCAAGGAACUCCGAGAAAGGCCAGAGCUUCAGGAGGAAUUCGGCCAGUCGACCGAAACCUUCAGAAGCCACGACGUCUUACCCGCAUCCGUGGAGGACAAAGACAUGCGUCUCCCAUCCACGACCGACCAACACCCUCCUGUGGACCAAGACCCGGAGCGCCUCACACAACAGAGUCGCGCUGUCCCUCUGGUUGACCCUAAAGUCCUAGAGGAGAUUGAAGAACUCGAGUGUGAGGUCUUUCAGCUCAACAGGAUAAAAGAUGAUCUCGAGGAGGAGAUACAAGAACAACAGAAGAUCAUUCACAACCAGCAGCAGGGGAAGAGAGCACUGCUCCAGUCCUUCCAGGAGCAGAAGGAGAAGGUGCACCGUCUUCAGCACCGGCAGGAGGAGAUGAACACCGAACGCGCUCAGCUCCUCGCAGCCAAAGACGAGAUGAUUCGGAAUCUGCAAGUCACGCUGGAAGAGCUGAGAGCCCAGUUGCCCGACAAAAGCCCGCCCAUUCCGAGAGAACCCUGUGAGGAUGAGGAGGUGCGAGCAAGCCAGCCUCUCCCCAGAGAGAACCCAAGUGAAGAGCGUGAUCCAUCGCAAGCUGAAAUUCAAAGGUUAGUCCAAGGAAUCAAAGAACAGGACCCGGAGACGAAGCUUCUCACUGAAGAGAACGUCCGACUGACCGCGCAAGUGGAUCGGCUCUCCAAAGAGGAGAUCGGGAAACUCACUCGGAUCAUCCAGCAAAAGGAUGUGGAGAUUCAGGGUCUUUCCAGCAGAAUCUCUGAGGCUUCUCACAGCCGGAACAGGCACGUGGAACAACUUCAGCAGCAGCUGCAAGAGUGUGCUUUGAAAAGCCAACAGAUCUUGGCCAUCCUGAACGAGAAGAGGAGGGAGAAGAGCCAUCUGGAAAGGGACGACCACGAAAUGACCCAUCGACUUGCUGCCAAGGAAGCCGACCUCCAGAGGGCGCGAGAGGAAAAUCAAAAACUGCCCACCAGAGUGGAAAGCAGCGGCCAGGAGGUGUGUACAGAAAGGAUUCGGGACUUGUCACACGUGAUUCGAGAAAAAGACCUGGAAGUGGCUGCGUUGAGUCAGAUAUGCCAGACCUUACUGAGGAUCCUGCAAACACCCAGCCCUGGUCAUGGGGUUCGAGGAGGUCGAAUCGAUCAGUUCCAGCAGCUCCUCCAGGAACGGGACACGUUAACACAGCGAGGGAAGAUCAUGGAGGAGUGGAAAGAGCAGGUGCUGACCACCGUCCAAAAUCUGAAGCGUGAGGCCCCCCAGCUUCAGACACAUCUGCGACAACUGCAGGCGUGGGCGUGCCCCAACAGCGAGAACGUUCUGAAACCGCAGACAGCCUCUCUGGACCAGAUCCAAACUUACCGGGGACAUGACAUAAACUUCCACGAGCUAGAGAAGGAACUGGCCCAACUUCAGCUCCGCAUCGGGGAGCUCUGCAAUGCCAAGGACCUCCUUUUAGGGAACCUUGAUGUGAUUUUCCUCCAGACCUCCAGCGACUCCCGGAAGGCCGUGAAAUCUGACCCCGUGAGUGAGGCCUCUCAGGUGAUCAGAGAGGAGGUAGAAGAGCUCCGAAAAUCAGGGCGAGGAAAAGAGACAAGGAUCCGAACCCUCCAGGAAGAUCAGCAGAGAUGGACUGCUUCCGGGGCUGCCACGGGGGAAGGAGAAGGCAAAGCACGGGAACACGGCGAUGCCGAUUCCCACACGGAACAGCCGAAGGAGAAACCGGCCGUUCUGCAAAACUCCCUUCGGGCUCAGGAGCUCCGAACCCAAGCGAAAAGUGAGGAGCUGCUUGCCUUACAGGAGAAGCUCUGUGGCCAGCUGAGUGAGAACGAGCUGCUGAGGCAGGCAGUCACCAAUCUGAAGGAGAGGAUGGCAGAUUUCGAAAUGGACGUGUGUCGGCUGAAAGAGGAAAACGCCAAGAUCGUGGAACGAUCUAGAGAACAGGAAAUGGAGACUCGGGCGUUGCAAGAGACCAAUCGGCUGCUGUCAGUGACGCGGAGAGAGGAGGCGUCCCAGCAUGCUGCGAUGAGAGAGAAGGCCCUGGCCUUGGAGCAACUGCUGCGAGAGAAAGAGGAGGGCGAGACCGGGGAACUGAACCGGCUCGUCGCCGCCGUUCGGUCCACGCAGGAAAAGGCAGCUGCCUGUCAGCGGGAGAGAGAUGACGUCGUGUUGGCACUGACACAGAAAGAAACGGAAACCUGCGCCCUCCAGAAGGAGGUUCACCAGCUGCGAGAGAGAGAGUUGCGCCUCACCCAGGAGCUGGAGAGAGGGCGGCAGCUCGCUGCAGAAGCCCAAGAUUCUCGUCGCCGGGAAGCUUUGGCCUCGGAGGACCGAGUGGCUCAGCUGAGAGAGGAAGUGACGGUCUUGCAGGGAAAACUCGUUUGGUCUUCCGCUGCCAUGCAAAAGGCCAGCCACGGAGCCAGGCUGCAGGUAGAGUCGCUGCGGGAGCAGCUGCACGUGGUCACCCAGCAGAAGGAGGAAGCUGUGCUCCGGCUUGCCGCCUCCCAGGAAGAGGGAAGGCACUGUGAUCAGACCCUAGCGAGCCUGAAGCUGGAACUGGCCGAAUGGAUGGAAAAGGCAGACGCCCUAGAAGGAAACCUGAAGUCCUUACAGGGACGUUUGCAUCAAACCAGUGCCGACUUGGAGGAGAAGGAGGACCAACUCCAGGAGUUCAAGAAACAGAAUGAGGUCCAGCAGGAAAUCCUGGAGGACACACAGAGGAAACUGAUGACCUUAGUCAGUCAGUCCGAAGGAAUGGCGGACAAAACCCUCCUAAGGAGACUCUUCGUGGGAGCUUUCCAGGCAGCUGAUGCGGAACGGCAGGAAGCGCUGAGCUUGAUGGCAAGCACGCUGGGGAUCCGAGAAGAUCAGCUGCGGCAGCUGCGCAGCCGGGAGCCCGCGGGUGUGCCCAGCGGGGGGACUGGGGGGCCUGGAUCCAGAAGCGCCCCCAACACCCCUGCGAAACCAAAUCACCAAGCUGUGGCCAAUCGUUCCUUUUCAGACCUUUUUGUCCAGUUUCUAGAAGCCGAAUCUCAUUCAGCUUUUCCACCGCCCAAACCCUCUGCUCGUGUCGUGAAGCCCCCAGAUUCAGGAGGAAGGGGAAAGCCGCCUAAGAAACAAGGCCCAUCACGACGGAACGCUACCCUGGCAUCCACACCCGGAAAAAAGGAGGUCAAGCCCCGCACCACAGCUGUGUCUCUUAUUAAUCCACCCGGACCGCAAAUGGAUGGAUCGGAGCACCUUCUUCUAAAUGCUGUCACUGAUGCUUUACCCGUGUACACGCCGCAUAUACUAUCACCUGCCCAGAAGGUUGGAAAGGCGGCCAAAGACCUCUCAAAGAAAUAG